AUGGAAACGGUCCUGGUCAUUGGAAGUGGUGGUCGAGAGCAUGCAUUGUCAUGGAAACUAGCCCAGUCACCUAGUGUGAAGCAGGUGUUUGUCAGUCCAGGAAAUGCUGGCACAUAUAAAAAUGGGAAAAUAGAUAAUGUUGCACUUAAUAUCAAAGAUUUUGAUGCAGUCAUGGAUUUCUGUAAGAAAGAAUCUAUUAGCUUGGUGGUGGUUGGUCCAGAGGAUCCUUUGGCUAGUGGCAUAAGUGACAUCCUCUCUGCAGCAGGUAUUCCCUGUUUUGGUCCAAGUGCUUCAGCAUCUCAAAUAGAAGCCAGCAAAGUAUUCUCAAAACAGUUGAUGUAUCGUUAUGGCAUCCCAACAGCGAGGUACCAGAGUUUUACAGAGGUUGAACCAGCUUGUCAGCAUAUCUGGCAGUCAAAAUAUCCAGCUCUAGUGGUAAAAGCAAGUGGACUGGCGGCAGGGAAAGGUGUGAUAGUAGCAGAAUCUAAAGAGGAUGCAUGUCAGGCUGUCAGAGAAAUUAUACAGGAGAAGAAGUUUGGUAUGGCUGGAGAAACAGUUGUGGUGGAGGAACUCCUGGAGGGAGAGGAGGUCUCUUGUUUGGCAUUUACUGAUGGCAGCACAGUUGUUAUGAUGCCACCAGCACAGGAUCACAAAGCCCUGAAUGAGGGGGACACAGGCCCAAAUACAGGAGGCAUGGGCGUGGUCUGUCCCUAUCCAAAGGUUUCAAAGGCAGAACUGAAAAAAAUACAGAUGGAUAUACUACAGAAAGCUGUUGAUGGAAUGAGAGAACAGGGUACACAAUACAAAGGUGUGCUGUAUGCUGGCAUAAUGCUAACAUCAGAAGGUCCUAAGGUACUUGAAUUCAACUGCAGAUUUGGGGAUCCAGAGGCACAGGCAAUUCUUUCCCUGAUGACCUCUGACCUGUUUGAUACUUGUCUUGCUUGCACAAAUGGAAGCUUGUGUGACCACAUUCCAGUUUUUGACUGUCAGAGCUGCGUGACAGGAAUUGUAGUGGCCAGUGGAGGCUAUCCAGGUUCUUAUAGAAAGGGACUGGCAAUAACAGGACUGGACCGAGCUGAAUCACACGGACUGACAGUGUUUCAUGCUGGAACAGCUCGAGAAGAGAAUAAGGUGGUGACCAAUGGUGGCCGUGUUCUGGCUGUCAUGGCAACCAGUCACAACUUUCGUACUGCUUGUAACCUGGCAACUCGAGGUGCUGCCCUAGUGAAAUUUGAUGAAAUGUUCUACAGGAGAGAUAUUGGGUUCAAAGUUCACUCAAGGUUGAUGGAUAAUCAACCAGGGCUGACCUAUCGAGAUUCUGGUGUAGAUAUUACUGCUGGAAAUACUCUUGUGGAAGCCAUCAAACCUCUUGCUUCCAAGACAAGUCGGGCUGGAUCCGCAGUAAAACUGGGAGGGUUUGGAGGGCUGUUUGAUAUGAAGGAAGCUGGUUAUACUGAUCCGAUCCUAGUCGCGGGCACAGAUGGUGUGGGCACAAAACUGAAGGUUGCCAAGGAGACUGGUUGUCAUAACACUAUUGGAGUAGACUUGGUUGCUAUGUGUGUCAAUGAUAUACUGGCACAAGGAGCAGAGCCACUAUUUUUCCUUGACUACUUUGCCACAGGAAAGCUGGAUGUGAACGUCGCUAAGGAAGUGGUAGCUGGGAUCACCAACGGCUGUGUGGAGGCUGGAUGUGCUCUUAUAGGUGGAGAAACAGCUGAGAUGCCAGGAAUGUACCAAGGUGGAGAUUAUGAUGUGGCUGGUUUUGCUGUUGGUGCUGUAGAAAGAACAAAUGUCCUGCCUCGUCUUAAUGAAAUAUCACAGGGUGAUGUUCUGAUUGGUCUGAAAUCAAGUGGUAUCCAUAGCAAUGGCUUUAGCCUGGUACGAAAAGUGAUAGAGAGACUUGGAAUCAGUUUUGACAUGCCGUCACCAUUUGGAUCAGGAAUAACCUUAGGAGAGGAGCUCCUGACCCCAACUAAGAUCUAUGUGAAGGAUGUACUGCCUCUGAUGCGUGAAGGUCGAGUGAAAGCCUUCGCCCACAUUACAGGAGGGGGAUUGACAGAGAACCUCCCCAGAGUGUUACCAGAUGAUCUAGGAGUGACAAUUGAUGCACUCACAUGGCACAUCCCACAAGUAUUUGGAUGGUUAGCAAAUAAGGGUAAUAUAUCCAAUGAGGAAAUGGUGAGGACAUUUAAUUGUGGAAUAGGAGGAGUGCUAGUGGUGGACAAGAUGCAAGUUGACACAACAAUGGGACGUCUGGGAGACAGGGCAUCAGUCAUAGGCUCAGUACAGGGAUAUAAAGGUGUGUUGUUAAUCACUGAAUUCUACCAAUAGAUCAGGAUAGGGAAGCUUAGACAGGGUUUUACACGCUGCUGGAAGCCACUGGUAACUCCAAGGAUGUGCAAGACAGUUGGGGUGCUCAUCUCUGGGUCAGGAACAAAUCUACAGGCCUUGAUUGACCACACCAAGGAACAGAACAACAACAGCUGUGCAGAGAUUGUACUGGUUAUUUCUAAUAAGCCCGGUGUCCAGGGACUGGAAAGGGCUCAACUAGCAGGGAUACCUACUCAGGUUAUCAACCACAAAGAUUUUAAAAGUCGUCAGAGCUUUGAUGAGGCAGUGCAUAAAGCAUUAGAUGUAGCAGGUGUAGAUAUUGUCUGUCUGGCAGGCUUCAUGAGGAUCCUGACAGGGGAUUUUGUGAGUAAGUGGAGUGGACGCAUGCUUAACAUCCAUCCCUCACUGCUGCCUUCCUUUAAAGGACACGAUGCCCACCGACAGGUGUUGAAGGCUAACGUCAGGAUCUCUGGCUGCACUGUACAUUUUGUAGCUGAGGAAAUAGAUUCUGGAGCUAUCCUUGUCCAGGAAUCUGUGCCAGUGUAUCCUGAAGAUACAGAGGUAACAUUAUCAGCCAGGGUCAAAGAAGUGGAGCAUCGAGCCUUCCCAAAGGCCUUGGAGCUUGUCGCUAGUGGUCAGGCCACUCUAGGAAAGGAGGGACACAUAAUCUGGUGUCAGUGAACUGAU